CCUUUGCAAGCCAGGAUUUUCUCUCUGGGAGAAGGAAGGAAGGAAGAGAGCAGACGGACCAGUAGGGAUCCAUCCUGUGGACCCAGAAAUUGUCCCGUGAAGGAAGAGGCUCCUGGAGACCCUGGAGCCCUUUGGAGUUGCUCUGCCAGAGAGACGAAGGAUGGAGAGACUCCCUUUGGCUAAGGAGGGGAGCAGAAAAGGCCCUGCGGCUCUUCAGCCUGGGAGCUGUGGGGAGAGUUGGACCAGAACCAGGCAGAAGAUCCUGCAGGAGGGAACCAGCCUCCCCUCUGAAGUUCCACCCUGGAGCUCCGUCCAAUACUGGGAGACUGAGGGUCCCCGAGGACUUUGCAGCCGACUCUAUGACUUGUGCAGGCGAUGGCUGAGGCCAGGAAAGCACAGCAAAGCCCAGAUGCUGGACCUGGUGGUUCUGGAGCGGCUCCUGGCUCUCCUACCCCCAGAGAUGGAGUGCUGGGUGCGGGAGUGUGGAGCAGAGAGCAGCUCCCAGGCAGUGGCCCUGGCAGAAGGCUUCCUCCUGAGCCAGGCGGAGGAGCAGAAGGAGCAGCUCCAGUGGCAGUGCUGCACUGUGGAGAUCAGAGAUCCUGAGGAAAAGAAGAACCCAUCAAAUCCCCCUCAGGAGCUAUUUUUCAGGAGGAUCCCUUGGGAAGAUCCAAGUCAGGACACCUCAGGAGGAGGGUCUGGUGUCCUUCGAGGAGGUGGCUGUGUAUUUCUCUGAGGACGAAUGGUCUCAGCUGGAUCCUGACCAGAAAGCGCUGCAUUCGGAAGUCAUGCUUGAAAACCAUAGGAACGUGGUCUCUCUGGGUAAUAAUGGGCAGGAGAAUCAAGAUUCCUGUGAACUGUUCCAAGUGAUUAAUGCUAAAGAUGGAAUUCGAAUGGAAUUCGAAAGCCAUGAGAGAAAC